AUGACUUAUGGUACAAACCAUAUUUCAUGUAACCCAGACUCCUGCGGACCACUCGCACAGUGUAAAGGUACUGGCUGUAUAUGUACUCCUGGUUAUGAAAUACCCCCUGAACACCUUCCCACUGGAGAUUCCUAUGGAUGUGUUGACAUCAACGAGUGUCAGACGACUGAGGUACUGUGCGAUCCUCUAUCAAACUGCAUUAACACUCCUGGAUCUUACCUCUGUGUCUGUUUUGAGGGAUACGAAGCAACAUAUCCAUCAUCGCCUGCCAGUUUGUCCAACAUAUGCAAAGAUAUCAAUGAAUGCCUUGACCCAAACAUCUGUGGUGAUCACGGGGUGUGUGUUAAUCAUCCUGGAAGCUACGUGUGCGAAUGCGAUCAAGGCUACGACAAUAAACAAGACCCGUUGUCAGUGUGCCAAGAUAUAGACGAGAUUUUUCCCUACAACGGGGAUUUUGUGGACACAAGGGGUCUCAUAUUGUCAAGAUCUUCAGGAAAUGUUGGAUGCAAUAAAACCCUCAGAGCACUCUCAGUUGAAAAACAGUUCAACUUUUACGUUGGACGUCGCGUCAAGUCGGUUAAUGUGAGCAGCACAGGAGAUGGGGAGACUGCCGGUGUGAUCCUGAAAAUCACAGAGCUUUUAGUGUCGGCACUAAUGGGCCAAGAUCUGAACCAGACAGGAAAGACUCUGAAGAGUCCAUCAGUGGAUUUAAGUGUCAAAACUUUUGGGCCUGGAAGCAGCAAUUCACAGACCUCAGCUCUCUCAGCAAACACAAACACAAUGGACAUCAACCUGGAGAGCCUGGCUCAAAACAACAACGGCUCUGCAGCAGUCGCCCUCGUGGUGUUAAACGGGAUGGAGAGCCUCCUAAUUCAUGAAUACUUUGAAACAGAAAACAUGACAGAGAUGUACUCUGAUGUCAUCACGGCGACCUUACCCUCAGUGAAUAACACCAAUCUCACCGAGCCGGUCAACUUCACCAUCACUCACAAGAAGAUGGUACCAGACUCUGGUUUGAUGACAUGUGUGUACUGGGAGGACAAAGCAGAAGACACAGGAGGAAGCGAAGGAGGAAGUAAAGGAGGAGAAAACAGCAAGAUGAUGCGUUGGUCAGUGGAGGGCUGUCAUGUUUCAUACACCAAUGAAAACUUCACCGUGUGCAGCUGCUCUCAUCUCUCCACGUUUGCCCUCAUCAUGCAGAUAGGGGAGCCUCCACCAGUGUAUCCUUUCCUCGAGUGGCUCAACCGAAUAUGUGUGAUUGUGGGACUCUUCUUCUUCGCUUUGGCCAUCUUCACCUUCCUCUUGUGUAGCUGGAACCCAAAGGUCAACAACACAGCCCAUCUCCACCUCUGCCUCAGCCUGGCCCUGUCCCAUCUGCUGCUGCUGUGGAAUGACAGAUACACUGACCACAAGCUGGCCUGCACCGUCAUGGCAGGACUUCUCCACUUCUUAGUUGUUGCGAGUUUUGUGUGGAUGGUGCUGGAAGCGCUGCAGCUCCACAUGCUAGUCCAGAGGCUGUCCAAGGUGCAAGUCAUCAGGAGAGACGGCCUUCCCAGACCACUUCUCUAUGUUAUCGGCUACGGAGUACCGUUUGUGAUUGUGGGUGUUUCUGCACUGGUGUAUUCUGAUGGAUACGGAGCCACUGAGGCAGAUGUGUGCUGGCUGUCAACACGGCGCCGCUUCAACUGGGCUUUAACAGCUCCUGUGAUUGCUGCCAUUGGACUUAACUGGAUGUUGUUCUGUGCCACUCUGUGGAGUCUGAGACCCACUUUGGCAAACAUGAGAAGUAAUGUUUCUCAAUCCAAUGACACAAGGUUGAUUCUUUUCAAGAUCUUGGCUCAGUUCAUCAUACUGGGCUGUACCUGGAUUCUAGGACUGUACCAGACCAACCUUUUCUUUCAGUUCCUCUUCUUAUUCCUGAACUCCCAGCAAGGCACCUUCCUUUUCAUCGUCCACUGUGUGCUAAACAAGGAGGUCAGAGAGGAAUACAUCAAAUGGCUGACGUGCUCUUUCAAUAAGCAGGGGAGAGGAUCUAUGCAGAAAGAAGUAACAUCUGUCUCUGGGAACUUGGACAAGGCUGAAGAAAAGACAAAAUGAUGAAUGAAUGAUUGACAUAGGAGUGAAUUAUUAUGUUAGAUUAGUAUAGAAGAGACAGAAGACAAAGAAGAAAGUCGUACCUCCUCUGACCCACCAUUCUUUUCCUUCUAGUUUAGUAUUCAUAUUUUUAACAUUUAACCAUGGAUUUGUAACACGUAGUUGUUUUAGAUAUGAUCACAGUGAAAUAUUGUCCUUUGGUACAUGCAUUA